AUGCAGGCCGUUGACGGCCCCGUUCUUGAGCUUUCCGACAUCAUGCACCCCAUGUCACCUUCUCCUGCUCCGCAAUUGCCUCCCCCUGCGGAAUCUGCGGGCUUGCCCAACGUGGAUAUCUCGUCGAAUUAUACGGCCUUUCACAGACAAGCUGAUUCUUCUGUUGUACAAUUUGGGGGAGAUUCUGUGCUACGAAUGCAAUCACCAGAACCUCUUGAUGAUAGCGAAGUAGAAGCUAUGCGUUCUCGGUUGCAUCAACUUGGUCUUGCCGAUCCUGGUGGUACUCCAUCGUCAGCUACUCUCACAGAGAAGGAGCUCGCCGAAAUGCCUUCACCGUCACAAUUAGCGUCGCAAGCCGAGACUAUUGCAGUUCUCACAGUACAACGCAGUUUUCUUCUUCAGGAGAAAGAGGAUCUACACGCUCGCUGGGAGGCCGACCGCGACGCAUGGGAGAGAAGCGCUGAAGCUCUCAUUGGCAGACAACGUGCUGUGACCGACGCGGCGGAGAAAGAUUACGAAUCCGAACGCAUCAUUGCUCGCUUAAAAGAUGACAAUUCGGCCUUGCGACACAAGAUAUCUGAUCUCCACAGCCGCAUAUCGGUACUUGAAACUGAACUCAUACGCCUUCGUCCAUUGCUCCUUAUGCAGCCUGCCAUCCUGCAAGAUCCCUCUCUUCUCCAGGAUCCGAUAUUCGUGCAACACUUCGGGUUGCCCGCAGAACAGGCGGGAACAAAAAAACGGAGGACUAAGAAGGAGAGAGAGCGGGACCGAAUAAAAAAAGAAAGGGAUACUACAUCGGUCCCAGUACCCCCGCCGCCCGAAACAGACAUCGACAUGGAUGCGGAAGGCGACAUCGAUACGGAGGUCGAUCCCACUGCCACUGGGGGUGCACUGUAUGGCCUCGCCCAAAUUCCACAGGAACACGCCCUCUCCAACGAUGUCAGCGAGCCACAAACUGACUCGCAGGGACACCACGCGUUUCACCGUCCCGAUGUUGGGAGCAAUGCUAUCAGCUCUCUGGGACAUGGCACUUUAAUCUCACGUCCAUCUGUGUCGAAAGUCGACGAGAAGCCAAGCAAAAAGACAAAAGACAAAAGGGGGAGAGGGAAGGCCGCAGAUAGUCGGACACCGCUGCUCUCGGACGCGCGUGCAGAGUGCUUAUUGAUCGCGGCCAGGAAGAUUGGUCGCGCACGAGGGGAGAUGAUGGCAGCGCAGGCGCGAGAACUGCAAAUACAAGAGGGGGAGCGGCGGAAGCGAGAGGAGGAAGCGCAAGCAGCAGAGCGAGCCGCAUUGGAUGCGCACGGACGCGAGCGACAGCGAUCCCAGCAAGCUCAAGGGGCAUGGCCAUAUCCUUGGGAUGGUGGUAUGCAGGGCCUGUCAAGCCAUCCUGCGUAUGCGGGACAACGUGUCACGCCCCCUCUCGUUUCCACACCCGCGGAUGGGCCUAUAGCUCACCGUAGCACAGGAACAACUGUAUCUCAAGUACACCCCUCGCACCUCCAUCCUACAGUGCAUGCCCCGUCCACUCCACGGCACCUGCAUGCGCAAACGACGCACCCCGGACCGGUUGCGCCCUACGCUAUACCUCAUCCCGGCCUUGUCUACAUGCACUCGGCUGUGCCUGUCGCAGGCUCUAGCACCCACUUGAUGGCUGGUCCGUCUCUAGGAGGUUCCAUGAUAACUACCGUUGCUCCCGGAUGGCCCAUCCCCACAACACCGACGAGGAACCACCAGGAGCAGGCGGCGCAGAGUCAUACCCCAGUACGGAAAGGACAGCUGAGUGCGCCGACGACACCGAUGGAUUCGCUUGUGAGUGCUGCACGUAGAAUGCUAGACGAGGACUAUGAUGGCGACGGUGAUGGCGAUGCGUCCGUCGUUGGUAAACGUACCUCACUGAGGCGGACAGCAACGGUUCCCGCCCCAGAUAGCCCAGCGCCCAAGCGGCGCCGGACAGGCGCGUCGGCACUAUCCGGGGCGGCGUCAACGUCUGCGUUGGGCACACGAGCGCGCAAGACGAAAAGCGGUGCGCAGCCCCCGCAGAACAAGAAAGGCAAAGGGAAGCAGAAAAUCCCCACAGAGGAGGAGCAAACGAAGAACUCGGAGAUCGCGCGAGUACAGGUGCCGGGCCUUAUGCGUGUCCGCAGCGCGCUGGACGUGCUCGCGGACCAGGCGGCUCAGGAACAGGAGCGGCGGCCGUCGUUAGGCCCGGGCAGCCAACGGCAGAGCAUGGAACCUGAAAGGAGACAGGGUUUGGACCGCUCGCGCACGACAUCUUUACAUGAACAGAAUGUACAACAAGAAGGGCCGAGUCAUCUUGCUUCGAGUUCUAUUCAGAAGUCAACCGAUACAACACUAUCAAUCCCUGCUCUACCAGCACUCGAAGAUGCGAAGCUUCCUAAACGACGACAUCCGUCUGCACCACCUAUAACGAGCUCCGCGCUCGGCCGCAGCCGGUCAUGGGAACGACAUCGCACUUCGCUUGAGUCGGUUCAAGAAGAGCGGGCACCUGCCGAAACAAGUCCUUUCAUACCUCUAUCGCACUCGCGAGCCGUCCGCGCAGCCUCAGAGGAACCCAGCCAGAAUAGACGGAUCAAAACAUCCACAUCAGCAGGUGCCGGGGCGGGAAUUACCUCCGUAUCUGUGGCGAGGGAGGUUGAGGACGGUAAAACUGAUAGGCCAAUCGACAAAGUGUCUAUAGACGUGGAUGAACCACAGUCUGGAGAUUCACUCCCAGAACCAGUCGUUGUCCAUGAUACUGUCCCGAUAGGAGCAGACAGCGCAAUGCAAUAACGGAGCCAGUCCAAGAAAUUGAGUCAGAGGGACAUAUCCUAUGUCAUAAAUUUCUGUCAUUACCCUGCGGCAAUAUUGCUUUAUUUUAACGAUCAAUCCCAUCUUGGUUGGCUAUCCCUCGUAACAUCGUUCAUGCUAUCCUCGCUCUCUGUAGCAAUAAUGUAUUGUAUUAUUUCUGAUU